AUGGGAGAUGGAGGCUUUUUCAAGGGUACGAGUUUAGAACAAGACAGCCGGUUUUCUGAUAAACAGAAAAAAUUAUUAAAGAGUAUGAAUUUUCCUUCAGAGUUCAAUUUAAAGGUUGACUUGAAAAAAGUGAAUUUAAACGUUAUCAGGCCGUGGGUCGCACAAAAAAUCGUAGAGUUAUUGGGUGGUGAAGAUGAAGUAGUCGUCAAUUAUGUGUUUGGAUUAUUAGAAGAACCAGAUUUGGAUCCAAGGAUGAUGCAAAUUAAUCUUACAGGCUUCUUGGAAACAGAAGCGCCAAUUUUUGUUACAGAAUUGUGGCAAUUACUUUUAUCAGCUCAGGAAGGUGAAAAUGGUAUUCCAGCAAUUUUUCUUGAACAAAAAAUGGAACAAAUUCGUAAGAAACAGGAAGAAGAUGAACGAAUUCUUUUGGAAAUUCGAAAAAGACGUGAAAAAGAGGAGGAGGAAAGGAUAAGAUUGCGAGAUACUAGAGAAAGGGAGCGAAUGGAAGAACGGGAAAGAAAGGAACGUGAACACCGAUCUAGCCGUCACCGUAGUAGAAGUAGAGAAGAAAUUAGACGUCCUCGCAGAAGUUCACCACGGAAAUAUAGUCGUAGUAAUAGUGAAGAAGACAGACGACGACGUUCCCACAGGAGGAGUAAAAGUAGAAGUAGGGAUCAUAGUAGGAAUCGGGGUAGAGAUCAUAGUAGGGAACAUCGAAGACAUAAAAAUAAUAGGCGUAGUAGAAGUAGAAGUAAAGAAAGGCGAAGGCAGGAAGAACGUAGACAACGUCAGAGAACUCGUAGUAGAAGUAGAGAACAGAAUAAGCGGCGGCGAUUAUCUAAGGAUUCAAAAGAAUCUAUACAUAGAAAUAGUCACGUUUUAUCUCCAAAAAAAAAUAAUCGUAAAGAUGUUGUUACAGAUGAUGAUUUAAAGAAAAGAACUGUUGAAGUAGUAGCGGAUAAUAAUAAUUCUGCACCAAGUUCGCCCCCUCGUAAAAGAGUAGUAGAUGGUCCAUAUUUCAAAUCCAAGUGGAAUGAUGAUGAGGAUGAAGAAGAAAGCGUGGAAAGCAAAAAGAAAUCUAAUUCCGAUCUUGAACAACUCGAACAACUUCGUGCCAAAGCAUUUGAAUCGAUGAGAAAUCGCAAGUAA